AACGUGCUAUUCUGAGAGCUGACACUAAUUCCAUUUUUUCCUCAGCUUGCUGGAGAACCAACCCCCAAUUUCUGAGUCACACUCACAUCCUCUGCUCCAGCACUUCCUCAUUCACAGCAGCAGCUCCUUGCAGCAGCACGUUUGGGUCUCAGCACAUGCAGAGGGAGCACAGAGAUUCCACACAGCCUUCCCUCCCUCUCAGGACAAGGAGCCUGGAGAGCACUGCCUCCUUUGGAAACUGGGCAUUCCAAAGAGCAAAGUGACAGUCCAGGUGCUGGGACAUGCCCAUGACUGAGAUUUGGUUCAACAGAGACACAGGCAGCAGCUGAAGUGUCUGGUGAAGCUCCUGACAGGACAGAUUCCAAGGGCUGGGAGGCACAGAAAUGAAAUGGGAGACUGCUCUCUGGAUGGUUGCCUGCUCACUGCUUGCCUCUCUGCCCAGAGGCCAGCUGGACACCACCUGCCAUGCAUUUGUUGGAGAAACUGUGGUCUUGCCCUGCUCCACCAGCCCUCCUGUAGAGCCAAACAAGUCAAUGGUCUACUGGCAGAUUGGCACCAGGCAGGUGGUGCACUUCUCUAAGAAUGGGCAGGACUCACCCAAGGACCAGGACAAAAAAUUCCGGGGCAGAACCAGUCUUUUUCCAGACCAGAUGAAGUAUGGCAACUUUUCCUUAAAGCUCUCCAAUGUCCAGUUAGGGGAUGGUGCUGAAUAUUCCUGCAUCUACAGACAGACUGAGAGCCACCAAACAAAGAAAUCUACAAUUAAACUCAAUGUAUCAGCUCCACCUACGAUUGAGGACCCACCUUCCCCUUCUGAGCAGAAUCAGAUCCCCUCUGGAAGCCCCAUGGAUGGGCCAUGUCUGGCUCUGCUUCCCCUCUCCUUCCUCCUCCUGCUCCCCCUGGGGCUUUGGCACUUGUGACAGGGGAAGCCAGCCUUGAAUUUGGGAAGUUCUCCUCCCCAGGGGACCUUUCUGGGCAGGCCAGGUGUGUGGGGUCAGUGUGACACCUGCCCCAGAGCUGGAAAAAGCACCAAGAGCUGAGAACAGAACAAACUGGGUGUUUCCAUCCCACAUCCUGGUGUUCCACAAAACCAAGGGCAGCAAAACUCUGAGGUGGCAAAUCUGCUCUGCUCCUUGGAGCCCAGCUUUAGUGCUGCCAGGAUGUACAGUUUGUUUUGGAUUGUGUGGGUUGGCUUUAAUGACAGGAUAAAAGGCUCACAAAACUCAGAUUACAGCUGAUGCUGGUGAGAUCUCAUCUGCUGUCCUUCAAGACAACUGAAAGGAGCAGUGGGGGCAGCUGUGUCAGACAAAAACUGGAAGUAGGAAGAUGCUCCCAUUUAGUGAAAUGUAAAGAUGGAAACUUUGUGAAACUUCAUUAUGUGGAACUUCAGCUUCUGUUUUCACUCCUAAGUGUCACUGGCUAUCAGUAGGAACCCUUUUUUUUCCACAAAAAAUGUAGUAUUUCUUCAGCAGAAGGGUGAAACUCACUGAGAAAGAGGGUAGAAGUUCAAAAAAUAUCCACAUAGAGGAAGGAAGUGAUGUAUUACUACAAAAUCCACUGCUAAAUAAGAAAAAAAAAAAAAAAUCUGAAGGCUGAAUUCAGUAUUAUCUCUUUUUUUUGUCAUGAAAUAUGGCAAAGUUAUAUUCUUAAGCUGGAACUGUGCAAUGAGAAAUCCUUACUGUGACAACAUUACUCCUUUAAAAACAGUACCUUUGGAGGGGAAAAAAUACUUUAAAACUCCUCAGAAUUAUUGUAACUGAUACCUAUGCAAACCAAAUGGGUUUAUUUCUGGAAAUGUUCAAUUCAGGUAGCAGAGGUGUCCUGUGCAAAACUUGGGUGCUGCAUACAAACAAUGUUGAGGAAGUGCAGAAAUUUGGUUUUUUUUUGAGGCCAGAACUGCAACUACCCUGUUUCACAACCAAAAAGCAUCCAGAGAGCAGAACUGGUCACCAGCAGUGGCUGAACACAUCCCUGCUGCUGAGGGAGGAGCAGGGGGAAUGACUCACAAGGAUGCACAAAGUCACUUCCAGAUGGAACAGUGGCACCUUUUUUGGUUUUUGGUUGGGGUUUUUGUUUUUUUUUUUUUUUUUCCAAUGGAGAGACAAGAUUGUUUUCACAAGGAAGGGACAGAAUAAAUCAGCUUAAAAUGGAUGUAAAGGAGACAGUUCCUUUGAAUUUUUUAACUAAAGGCCCUUUCCCCAUGGUGGGAAGGAGAAACAAAAUCCCACACAGCCUGUGCUGGUGCUGAUGGAAGCUCAGCUGAUAUUUGGCUGUCCUGAUACAGAGCAGCCCAGUGGAACAGCUGGGGUCCAACUGCACAGAGAUUUGACUGUAAGAAUUGUACACACUGUGACUGUCUUUUUGUGUCCCACCCUCCAAAUGUUUGUCUCAGAUUUUGUGUAUUUUUCAAGACACAAUUUGAUUACAAAUAAACACCUGAAAUAAAACCAAAAACCCUGA